ACAAGAAGAAAGUGUCGAGGAGUGGGACUAAAAGCUUUUUUUUUUUACUGCCAUUCACUGCAGGAGGAAGAUAUUUUAUCUAAGAAACACUUAUCUGUUCCCAUUCCUCUAUCACAGCUCUUCAGGGGAAUAAAAUGGAGGGCUCCCUCCCCAUGUCCUCGCUGAGGCUCCUGGCUCCACCUCUGCGAGUGAUGUUGGCUGUGAUGUGGAAGGUGGUUCAUCAGAGGAACAUAAAGCAUUAUGGGAAAGUGGAGGAGUUUGUGUCCUUGGUAACUGAAGCCAUCCCUGACAUCUUGACAAACAGACAGAUGAGGCUGCUCACUCUGGCCUUAAGAGCAAAGAUGACGUUACAGAUGUUAUGCUCUGAACAGUCAGAGGAUUUCAGACGUGUGAGAACACACUUAGACAGCCUCCUGCCAUCCAGCUCAAAGCAGCUUCAGCCAGAAAAUGAAGCUCUUGAAGCGAACUUUGUCCGGCUUGUUCAGAGACUUCUAGAGGACCCAGAGGGGAGAGAACACUUCCUCGAGAAUGUGUUUCCUUUGGAGUAUGGCCCCAGCUUCGAUACAGCACUGGAGACUCUGGUUUCUGAGUUCUUCACCCGACUGGAAGAGCUGGUGCUUAUACCAAACUUUAAACAGACUGCAGUGUGGAUCAGUGAUACAUCCUCUGUGCUAGAAGAGUACAUGCAGUGUGUAACCAAAGCAGAUGACCUCAAAGUACUGCUCAGAAGCAAGGUGCAUCAUGGGAAAAUGGCCAAGAUGGAUUCCAGUGUUCCGUCACCCUCAGAGCAGCAGCUCUUCUCAUCACUAUCUCUCUCCCCUUCACUGAGAGCAACCAACACCAAAUACAAGGAAUCCAUCACAGAAACAUCUGAAAACCAAAGAGAGUCUGUGGCAGUUUCUCCUCAGGAAGAGGGGGAGAUGGGGGUAGAGGAUACAAGAUGGCCGGAUGAGAAUGAGACACACUGUCAGAGCAGCAGCGAUGCUGAACAAACAACAGGGGGGAAAUGCAGCGACAGUGUUCCUGAUGUUCACAUUGUGGAGGAGUGCGAUGACAGAACUCCCUCUACAUCUGCUGAGAGUCCUGUAUUGUCCAGCUCUAUGAUCGGUCCCCCUCGGCAGAGAGUUGCACACAAGUGCAGUCAGUGUGGGAAGUGCUUUAUUUAUCGCUAUGAGCUCCUGGAGCAUCAAAGACUGCACACAGGAGAAAACCCUUACAAGUGCUCUCAGUGCGGAAAGGCCUUCAGAAGGACGUCUGACCUGUCCACACACAGACGAACACAGUGCACAAAAGCAGCUUAUAUUUGCAUCAAAUGUGGAAAUAGUUUUCAAUCUAUACAGGAAAAAUUUAGACACCAGUGUGUUCAUAGUGUCCAAAAGUUUGAUUGUUCUCAGUGCGGAAAAAGCUUUAAGAAAUUGUAUUUGCUGGGUAAGCAUGAGCUGACUCACACCCAGAACCGUAUUUUCACAUGCAGACAGUGCAAGGAAGUGUACCCCACUAUGAGUGAGCUGAGAUCCCAUCAGAAGGUCCAUCCUCCCGAGCUGUCCAAUCAGUGCAUGCAGUGUGGGAAAUUCUUCAGCUCUGCUGCAUGUUUGACGGCCCACGAGCUGCGCCACAGACAGAAGAGGACACAGAUUUGUGUGCGUUGUGGCAAAGCUUUUAAGAACAAACAUGACUUGAAUCUUCACAUGCGCAGCCACACGGGUGAGAGGCCUUUUCAGUGCACGUACUGUGGGAAACGUUUCUCUGUGUCAGGAAAUCUGAACAUACAUAUUAGAACUCACACUGGAGAGAAACCAUAUCUGUGCUCAGACUGCGGCAAGGCUUUUGUUUCAGCUGGCGAGCUGCAGAUACACAGACGCACCCACACGGGGGAGAAGCCAUACAAAUGCACUGUAUGUGGGAGAGGAUUCACCAUGGCGAGUAAAGUGACACUGCAUAUGCGCGUUCACACCGGGGAACGUCCUUAUGUCUGCUCUGAAUGUGGGAAAGGUUUUUCACGGGGUAGCGAACUGAAAAAACAUACCAUGAACCAUACAGGGGUUCGGCCCUACGCUUGUCAGAUGUGUGCAAAGACUUACACAUGCCUCAAUCACCUGAAGAGACACUUAAAAACUCACAGUGAAGUCCAUAGCCAGUCUGUCUGAUCCCUUUUAAUUACCACAAGGCUUCGAAUGAUUGUCUUCAUACAGCUUGUCUGUACUGACUGUGGUACUGACUUGUUGCACAGUGUUAUAGGUUUCACACUCACCUUCUGUUGUAAGGACUGUUUUACAGAAAUGCAACUUUAUACUGGCUGAUUUCGUUUCCUGCUUUGUCAGAUCUGUUGUGAUUGUAAACUCUAUAAGUGUGCUACUUUCGCUGACCUUCUGAAACAUAUGUUAAAAGGAUCUCUA